AUGUUGUUCUCGGAUCUGGGGUUUAUGACUCUCCCCUUCGCCGUCGGCCGUCGCCUCUUGCCACGGCAUCUCGGGUCUCGUGGUCGGUGAAGACGCCCAUCCGAAGUGUUGCUGGCUAGCUGGCGGACCUCUGCGCAGUGGCAUACGAUCGGGCUCGGCCUUGCUAGAGCUCUCCGAAUUGGUUGCCAAUAAGGUAUCUAGAACGUAGGUAUUCUAUGCACGUAUCUGUCUGUUCACUACUCAGCGCGACUGGGGUGUGCUGACCGUCCGUCUCCAGUGAAGGGUGGGUGUUAGGCCGAAGUGAUGGCACAGCGGACGAUGGGCGACGUUGGCAAAUCCAGCUCCUGGGAUCAGCCGUCGGUCAGUCGCAAAGGGAUAACUCCAAAGGAAGUUCACGGUGGUGUACUGGUGUUGACAGGGGCAGAGCUAGUUUGGCGGCUCUAGGCCAGAAGCGGAUGGGAAGGAACCCCGCAUGACGUAUGGUGCGCCGUCGUUGCUGCUCACUAACAUGACUAGCGACCAGCACCAACUGCGCACGCCGUGGUCACUCCCAGCGACCGGCUCACCAGCCGAAGCAUACCUCAUUGUGCGCUCGCGCCUAACAAAUGUGUCCGCUUCAAUGAUAUAACUCCGAUUCCCACUCUUGGGAGAGCAAGCCUACUUCCUGAUAUCAUGACUGUUUCCCCCACCCCUGCACUGGCUACGCUGCACUACAUUGCCCAGGUUUCUCGACCAUCCAACUCCUGCAUCCUCUUUAAAGUAACACCCUGGCAUAGCACCUCUUCCCUCGUGAUACGGAUGCGUCUUUUAUGCGAUACGGACCGGCAAAGCCAGAAGUAACAUCUAUUGGGAGGAUUCAUCAACCCACCCGCCCACCUUUCCCGUCCCUGUACCGCACCUACCUACUGCACAUACUCAUUACCCUCGUCGCCCAACAAGUGGAGCAAGAGGUGUUUGUACUGAUACCUCCAAGCCGGCAACCAGGCUGGCACAUGAUGCAAGCCAGUUCCAAGACAGCGACGCAGCACGGGCAGCCAAGCAUGGCGGAAACACGGUACCAGGUGCCGACAACAGCAAGUCACUCGGGAAGAUUAAAGUACGCCUCCCCGCGGGAUCUCCCCAGCUUCCCGUCCCCUGGACUACCACCUGACGGAGCUGCUGCCGGAGCCGCCGCGUCACUAGGCUGGGCCAAUCAAAAAUCCAUCCAACUCUGGAAACCCGAAAAGUCCAACUCUGCAUCUACAGCCGCCAUGCUCGCAAAGGAUUACAAGAUGCCGCCUAGUUGGGAACCCAAUUCGAGUUCCGCCGGCGCAAAGGCUGCGCUUGUGGCCUCCUCGUCAGCAAGGAAGCAGGCGGCCUCCCAAAUGACACCCCAGUCCGCUCACGGAUCUUGGGGAAGCAGCGCUGCUAACCAGGCUUUCAAACAAAGCCGCGCUGGCCAACAACCCGCUCAUAAGACCUCGACGGGUGGCCUAGGCUCUCUUUUGGCAGCCCAAAGUGUCAUGCCGGCGACAGCUCGAACGAGGCCACGGGCCAAGUCAACGCCGGUCCCCAAGGAGUCUUACCCUGGAGGGUCCAGAGCUGCUGCCAAUGCCUUGAGUGCUGCCACUGCAGCUCAUGAUCCUUCAACAAAGCCAAAGUCCCCAACCGACACCGCCGGCUCUGUUCCCUACACUAACUUGCCUCGCAAGAUGUUCACCUCAUCUCCCGCUAUUGGCCCGGAAGCAGACGAGCAGAAGAGAGCCGAUAUGCUGCACGCCUCCGCUGUAGCCAUGGCCAGGCAAAUGUAUAGCCACCAGCAAAAGAUGGUUGACCAAGCGCGUCAGGCCCAACAGGACUCGGGGGAGGCCGUCUCAGACGACAAUCAACCGAAGCCUUAUGUAAACCUACAGGAAGCAGCGUACAAGCUGGCUCAGGAGCGUUUGUCGAAGUUACACGAGGAACACCAGCGAAACCGAGACUACCAGGAAUACUACGGCAACGGCAAACCGCCUCAACCUCAAAGGAGAUUUACUAUGAAGGGGAAAUUAAGGCGGCGGUCUUCUAGCGAUGGCGAUAUCAACGACGAUAGAGAGCAGUCUGAGCGCAUCCGAAGACAGAUGUCCAUCUUCUCUUCCAACUUGACAAAGGUUGACGAGCAGAAGCGGGCCAAGGACCGUGAGGCAUUGCUGGCUGCCGCGCAAAGGAACGUCAGAGCUCGUCUUCAGGGCAUGGAUGACAAGAUCUCGGCCGAGACUGGCAUGGUUCCGCCAAGCUCCAAGAGCGAUUGGGAGGCCAAAGCCCAGAUGGCUGCGUUGGCCCGACACGAGUCUGCCAAUGUUAACAGGGGCAAGAUCGACAUUGGUGGCGGCAUGUUCAUGGAUCCUGCCGCUGUCGACGAGAUCGCGACGAGGAGAGUGCAGCCGGUGCUUGAUGAGAUCAACGAGAAGGCCGCCAUUGAGCGAGAACGACAAGAGCUGCUCAAGGCGGAGGCAGAGGCCAAGAAGAGGGAUGAGGCGAAACAAAAGGAGCGCGACAGAGAGAUCAAGGAGCUCAACCGCAAGGUCAUAGAGCAGGAAAAACAAGAAGAAAAGGAGAGGAAGCAUCGAGAGAAGCAAGAACUCAAGGCCAAAAAGGACGAAGAAAAGGCUGCGAGAGCGGAAGAGAAGCGCAAGUCAAAAGGCCCGGAAAUCCUGCCUGAUGAAUCCCCUGCCACAGGCGAAUCCAACGAGACGUCUCCCACAGUUGAUGGCCCGGAUACUUCCGUCUCUCGCCGUGCGAGCCAGGGCAAGCCUACCAUCAACACUCAGCGAGAAGCCUCCAACAGCGACAACCCCCGUUCGCCGAGCGAGAGCGGGUCGCCAACCAACAAGAUGAAGGAGUGGCUCAAGUCCCGUUUCUCACGACCGCGCGGUCGCUCCUCGGCCGGCGAGAAUGCUGAAGAUCGCGGCUUCGUUGGUGGCGUUGCGCUCACGAGACUCGCCAACGAAAGCACCACGAGCCUAGAUGGGCGCUCGACCAGCAUGAGGGAGGUUGCAAUCGCCGGCAAGACCAGAGGUGAGGUGUCUAACUCAUCGGCGGGCUACGAAGGCAGCGGGCAUAAGGCUCGCAACUCGCGGGAUGUGAGCCCCGUCAGUUCAGAUAGCGAGUCUGAGCAUUUCGUCGAGGCAAGGGAUGACCUCGAAGGACCUGUUUCGCCGCCGGUGCCUAUCAGGGACCCGGGUCUACAUAAAAGCAGCAGCCCAACAAGGGACUCACGGUUCCGGGAGAUUAUCGAAUAGGUUUCUAGGAAACAACGAACAUGACAUGUUCUGGUGAGCGGGCGUACGCGGGGACGGUUGCUUUAGUUCGCAGGGUCUGGAAGGCAAUCAUAAUAGCGCAUGGUGUUGGUGGGAUUGACAAGCUGCGAUGCGAUAUGAGCUAUGUUCUUGUACAACAAC